AUGCCUUCGCAGAGGAGUUCGAAUGGCGAGGACCACGGCGUCCUUAGCGAUGUUCAACAAAGAAUCAUGCGCGAAGAAGUGUACAUUGAGCGCUACAAGGCAAUGAGGCGGUCCACCACGAACCCGCAAGUCUUGGAGCAGCUCGAGCUAGGUAUUCAGCAGGCGGAGAAGGCAAUCCGCUACCUUCAAAGCAAGAUGGUGGAGCUCCAGGUGAGCCCGGGUAAGUCUGCCGCCUCCACUACUGCGGGUUCUGGAGGCUCCGGGGAGACUGGUGGCGCCGAGGCAGCAACGGGCUUGACCCUCACGACAUUGCCCAAGAACUUCACGCGCCUCACCCUGCUCAAAGAUGACAACAAGUUCAUGGGUCCUCUCAUCCAGCAGAUGCUCCCCCAGCUAGAGUUCAAGCUCAGUCUCGAACAGCAGUACAAGGCUGGAACAGUCAAGCUCCAGCACCUCUAUCAGGAAGAAGGUGACCGGCGCUCUCGCGCGGACGCUGAUGCCAAUUUGCGGGAAAGUGCGGCGAAAAUUGCCCUGCUGACCCGUGCUCUUAAACGCUAUGCCGAUAUGAAUAUUGAGGAGGUCGACGAAAAGGUCUACGAGGAGAUGAAUACUCCUAAUGCCCGGCGGCCCUUCACGGGAACCCUACAUGUCACCGUCCAUAAAGUCGAGAACGUUGACCAUACUCUUGCUUCCCCAACCUCCGAGACUAUGGUAAGUAUGCGUAUCGAAAAUCAGGUCGUCGCCCACACCCGUCCUUCCCGGCAGUCUGUGUUCAACGAGGAGUUCCAUAUCGCCAUUGACAAGGCUAAUGAAAUUGAGUUCGUCGUCCAUGAUGCAGAUGGUGAGGAGUGGCUUCCGGUUGCUCUUAUUUGGAUGCGAAUCAGCGACAUUGUCGAGGCUAUUCGUCGCAAACGUAUUGGCAUGGAAUCCGAAACAGGCUGGGCUAAUGCGGACACUAUUCAGGCCCAGCACUCAGAUUCAGCCAGCAGCUCGACUUUGGUCAGCUCUAAUGGAGCUCCUUCUUCGAAUGCCACGGGAACAACUCUUAGCAUUAAACCCACCGGCUCGACUGUAACAGACUCUUUGAAGGAUCCCACUGUGGAGGGCUGGUUUAUUCUUGAGCCCGUUGGCCGCAUCUAUUUGCGUUUGGGCUUUGACAAGUCGACAAGCGGAGUGCGUCCUGUCUACGCACGUGACGGCCUAGGUCGUCAAAACGCCGUUCGCAAAUACGAUGAGACUCAGGAGGUCAAAGGCCACGAGUUUGCCCAUAUUCAACUGUACAAUAUCAUGCGCUGCCCUAUUUGUACUGAUUUCAUGACAUAUCCGUACCAAUGCCAGGAGUGCAACUUUGCCUGUCAUCGCAAAUGCGUUUCUAAGGUCGUCACCCGCUGUAUGGCAACUUCGUCUGCAGAAGACGACGCGGAUGAACAACUCAACCACCGUAUCCCGCAUCGUUUCGAAGCGGCAAGCAACAUGCGGGCAAACUGGUGCUGCCAUUGUGGUUCUAUUCUGCCGCUGGGCAAGAAAAAUGUUCGCAAGUGUGGAGAGUGUGGUAUCAUGUGCCACGUUGGAUGUAUGAAGUAUGUCCCUAACUUCUGUGGCAUGCCUAUGGAAAUGGCGUCUCAAAUCAUAUCUGAAAUCAAGUCCACUCGUAUUCGCCAAGCUACGAAAGCUGCUGCCGGUACAAAACCAUGGCAGACGUCCUCACCGAAAUCUCAGACCACCCAAGUGGCCCCAUCUACCCAGCACAAGCAUUCUCAGAAAUCAGGCUUACCAUACGCACAUCAGCAGCAACUCCCUCAAGUUCCUUAUAAGCCUUAUGCAUCUGGCCGCAUCACAAAGAAUCUGUCUCCCGCUGCGUCGCCCGCUCCCUCCAGCCGUACCGAGCCAAUUCGUCGUAAGCAGGUGGGAUCUGCUCCCUUGCCUCCUAUUCCUGGUUCGAAACAGGAAGGCAAAUGGUGGGAUGAGCAGCAAUCGGCGGAAGCAUCGCUGCCCAAGGUGUCCUCAACAGCGUCAUUUGAUCAGUCAAUUGCUUCGCAAACACCGCCGAUUUUAGCACCUGUUCCUCAAGGCCAACAAAUUCCACAGUCUCUAUCUGUUGCGUCUGAUCUUUCUCUGGCUUCUCAACUUCCUCAUGUCUCUCAGACGCCUCAGGCCCCCCAGGUCCAGGCUCCUGAGACUACUGAGGUUUCUGAGGCUCCCUCGAAAGCAUCCGAACCACCUCAAGCGUCCAAGGCUUCCCAGCAACCUCCGUCAAUUCCUCCUCCGCAGGUAAGACCACCUGUUCCUGAGCCCCGCUCACCCCCCAAGAUGAAAGCUCCUGAAGCGCCUACGCUUCCGAAACAACCAAAGGCACAGGACUCGAAGACGACGACUACUAUGCCCGAUGCUGCGGCUGCUGCCGCCGCUGCUGUAGCUACGGCCCAGAGAGGAUCCUCCAACAACGCAAUGGCCGAUCUUCAGGCUGCAGCAUCGGCUGCCCUUACACAACAACGCCGUCAGUCCGAUGGCCCCAUUGAUAGACCAUACUCCAUGGUUGAGCCAGCAGGGUCCAAACGCCGGCGCCGGAAGGUUGGUUUGGACGACUUCUCAUUCCUGGCCGUUCUUGGUAAAGGUAACUUUGGUAAAGUCAUGCUGGCCGAGUCCAAGCAAACCAAGAAGCUGUACGCAAUCAAGGUGCUGAAAAAGAACUUCAUUAUUGAGAACCGGGAGGUUGAAUCGACGCGAUCCGAAAAGCGAGUGUUUUUGAUUGCCAACCGGGAACGCCAUCCCUUCCUCAUCAACUUGUUUGCAUGCUUCCAAACUGAGAACCGCAUCUAUUUUGUGAUGGACUUCAUAUCCGGAGGUGAUUUGAUGCACCAUAUUCAAAAAGAGCGCUUCUCUGCCAAGCGGGCCAAGUACUACGCCGCAGAGGUUCUGCUAGCUUUGAAGCAUUUCCACGACAAUGAUGUUAUUUAUCGCGAUCUCAAACUUGACAAUAUCUUGCUGACGCUGGACGGCCAUAUCAAGGUUGCCGAUUACGGUCUAUGUAAAGAAGAUAUGGGCUUUGGCAAGACGACGGGAACGUUCUGUGGUACGCCCGACUUCAUUGCCCCCGAGAUUCUCCUUGAUCAAAAGUACGGCCGCAGCGUCGACUGGUGGGCGCUGGGUGUUCUCAUGUACCAGAUGCUGCUGGGCAAGUCGCCGUUCCGAGGCAAGGACGAGGACGAAAUCUACGACGCAAUUCUCAGCGAUGAGCCCUUAUACCCUAUUCACAUGCAGCGAGACUCUGUGUCCAUUCUGCAGCAACUGCUCACGCGAGACCCGCAGCGUCGUUUGGGUUCGGGACCGCGCGAUGCACUGGAGAUUAUGGAGCACCCGUACUUUGCCGACAUCGACUUCGAUGCACUGCUGAGCCUGAAAAUCGAACCCCCCUAUCGCCCCGAAAUCGACAGCCCCACUGAUGUCCGCUUCUUCGACACCGAGUUCACGUCGGAGUGUCCAGCGCUCACGCCCAUGAAUAGUACUCUCACGCCCAAUAUGCAGGAGCAAUUCCGUGGGUUCUCGUAUAUGAACGGAGACGUAAUCUAG